AUGGAAGAAUAAAAAGGCAGCAGAAACAAAACAAAAUCAAAUACAGCAAUAUAAAGAGCUGAAGCAAGUAUCUGUAGUACUAGAAGGAGUCGAACAACAAGGCUCUUGAGAGAGAAAGCUAAAUUCACAAAUCCAAAAGAGAAACCAUGUCCCUUUUUACUCCUAAAAUAUAGAGUUUAAAUUGAGCACUUACACAUGACCAAAAAUGACUUUAGCAGUCAUAGAAGUUUUGUGAUGUUAGUUAAUUUAUAUACAAGGCUAUUCCAAUACCUUAAAAACAAGUCUUCCACUCACAUUAGAGAACUGACAAAGGAUUUAGGUAUAUACAGGCUGUAAAGUAGAGUGUAACUCCAAGAAAAACUGGAUGUCAUUAGAUACUUCAAAAAUUCCUUUUUAUUGCCCAAUUUAGGUGCAACUGAAAACAAGAGCUCUAACUACACAACCUGA